AUGUCAUCAUCCCAACUUCAAGUAGUUGGCAUAGCACUCAACGAGAUUUUUAAUGAAUUACGGUCUAACAAGGAAGAAGUGAGAAAUGCAUAUGCUAUUGAGCUACGAAAUCAUUUGGCUUCUGUAGCCAGAGAUUUAUCACCUGAACAAUUCAAUAGAUACAGUAACGACAUCAACAAGGGAAUUUUCGAACUUUUACAUGGUAAAGACCCUUCUGAAAAACUUGGUGGUAUUGCAGCUUUGAAAGCUUUGAUAGAUUUUGAUUCUGGAGUAGGUGAUGAAAAUGCUACCAAAACAGCUAGGUUUUCUAACUACUUGGGAUCUUUGAUUUUGUCGAAUGAUUUGACUAUAAUGCGGCAAGCCACAGAAACAUUGGGUAAGUUGGCAACUCCAGGUGGAGCACUCACUGGAGACUUUGUUGAUUUUGAGGCAAAGCGAGCAAUUGAAUGGCUUCAAAGUGAAAACAAACAACAUGAGAACCGAAGACAUGCUGCGAUACUUAUAGUUUCUGCCCUAGGGGAUAAUGCACCUACUUUACUAUUUGGUUACAUUAAUCAGAUAUUAGAACAUAUCUGGGUAGCAUUAAAAGAUUAUAAACUUGUAAUAAGACAGGAUGCUGCCAUAACACUAAGAAAAUGUAUGCAAAUAAUAUAUGAAAGGGAUGUGGCCUCACGCCAUCAUUGGAUGAAAUUCUUCAUUGAUAUAGCAUCAAAAAAUCUUGAAAAUGUUGAGGAAAACUACGUAUAUACUUCUAUUGAAUCUGUCCAUGGGUCUUUAUUAGUCUACCGUGAACUAGUGAAAUAUUAUAGAGAUCCUUAUGUUGUGUCAAAGUUUGAAACGAUAUAUGAGAACACGAUGCUAUACAAGAAUCACAAAUCGUCAAUAAUUAGGCAAGAGCUCACAAAUAUAUUACCUUUAUUAUGCAAGGUUAAUACGACGUUGUUCGUGGAGAAGUAUUUACAUAGAACUUUGUACUACUAUCUAUCACAAUUGAAGAAAUUGAAGGGGCAUCAUAGCGAAACAGCAAAUUUUGAUAAGAGUGCAAUUUUCGUCAGUAUUGGUUUAAUAGCUCUAGAGGUAGGAAACCAAAUGGCUACGUAUCUUGAUGCUAUUUUAGAUAAUAUUAGAGAAGGCCUUUCCUCUGAUUCAAACUCCCUGAUUUUGUCUGACUCUCCUAUAAUUGUUUCAGCUAAAUUCCGGUUGGCUCGACGGGAUACAGAACCAGCAAUUUUUGAUUGCAUAGAGAAACUAUCAAUUGCUGUUGGGCCCGCUUUGACAAAGCAUUUGCAAAGGGAUAUUCUCGACAUGAUGUUCAGUAAUUGUUCUUUAUCAAAGCAUAUGGAAGAUGUGCUUCAUACCCUCAUUGAUAAUAUUCCAACUCUAGUAAAUCUAAUCAACAUCAAGCUCUUAAACUUGUUAAGCUUGGUUUUGUCGGGUAAAAAGUUUCAGCCACCAGGAUCACCUUAUGGGACAGUGAAGAUGGACGAGUCUCUGGCACGGGAGUAUAGGCAAUUGAUGAUUAACCGUGAUACCGGUAUAACAAAUAAUAGUCCAGAAUACGAAUCUUACGACAGUGCAAUUUUAAUCCAGGCUUUGGAAAUGUUAUCAUCAUUCGAGUUCGAAAAUUUUCAGCUUUAUGAAUUCGUUCGAUAUUGUACAAUAAAUUAUUUGACACAUAAUAACCCUAAGGUUCGUCAGACUGCUACAGUCACAUCCUGUCAAAUUUUCAUAAAGGAUCCUAUUUGCCACCAGACUAGUGUUAAUGCCCUCAACGCCGUUAACGAAGUUCUUGACAAAUUGAUUUCAAUUUCGAUCACUGACCCAGUGCCCGAGAUCCGAUUACAGGGUUUGAACUCUUUGGAACAUGCCGGAAGUUUUGAUCCUCAGUUAUCUCAAGCGGAGAAUGUAAGGUUAUUAUUCAUUGCUUUGAAUGACGAAGUCUUUGAAAUACGAAAAGUUGCGAUAAGAAUAUUGGGUAGAUUGUCAUCCAUUAAUCCAGCCUACAUUGUCCCAUCUUUGCGUAAGACAUUAAUUGAGUUAUUGUCUAGGUUGCAAUAUUCAACAAGUAGUCGAAAAAACGAAGAGAGCGCAGUAUUAUUAUCUUUGUUGAUAAGUAACUCGAAGGAGUUGACGAGGCCUUAUGUUAAACCGAUAGUGGCUGCUCUUUUACCCAAGGCUAAAAGUAGUAGCUCAUCUGUUGCAUCUAGUGCUAUAACUUGCUUGGGCGAGUUGGCAGUUGUCGGCGGACCUGAUUUAAAGCCUUUUAUCCCUCAACUAAUGGAUCUAAUUCUUGAUACUUUUCAAGAUCAAAGUUCUUCAUAUAAACGAGAUUCUGCACUAAAUACGCUCGGUCAGUUAGCUAGUUCUUCUGGUUAUGUAAUUGAACCAUUGUUAGAGUAUCCGCAGUUGUUAGGGAUAUUGGUAGGAAUUCUCAAACUGGAGACUUCUCCAAGAAUAAGAAGAGAAACAGUUAGAUUACUUGGAAUUUUGGGUGCGUUGGAUCCUUACAAAUAUAGAGAAGUUGAGCAAAAUUCAAAAAGCAUUACUACAGAACAGAAUGCUCCACCUGUAGAUGUGGCUCUAUUGAUGCAAGGUAUGUCACCUUCAAAUGACGAAUAUUAUCCAACCGUUGCUAUCAACAACCUAAUGAAGAUAUUGAAAGACCCUUCUUUGAGUGCGCAUCACAAUAAAGUGAUUCAAGCUGUCAUGUAUAUAUUUCAAACAUUGGGACUAAGGUGUGUUUUCUUCCUUUCACAAAUAAUUCCUGGCAUCAUCAAUGUAAUGCACACAUGUCAACCAUCAAUGCUUAAAUUUUAUUUUCAACAGUUGGGAGCAUUAAUAUUGAUUGUUAAACAACACAUUAGGCCGUAUUUGUCUGGCAUCUUUGAUGUUAUAAAAGAAUUUUUCAAGAUCAAUAGUCAUUUGAAUAUUCAAGUCAUUAUCAUAAAUCUUAUCGAGUCAAUUUCGAAGGCACUAGAAGGGGAAUUUAAAAUGUACAUGUCCGACGUUCUAACUCUAUUAUUGAAUGUUUUUGAAGAAGACAAAUCUGCCAAGAGAGAACCUUCGUUGCACGUUUUGAAAAGCUUUGUUGUUUUUGGGAGUAAUAUUGAAGACUAUGUUCAUAUAAUCGUCCCGAACAUUGUUAAAAUGUUCGAAGUUGGGCCAUUGGUGCUAAGACGUGCCUCAAUUGAGACAAUUGGUAGACUUUCCAAGCAUGCUUCUUUGAACGACAUGGCAUCUAGAAUUAUUCAUCCCAUUCUUCGAGUACUUCGUCUGGGAAACGAUGAGCUUAAGAUUACUGCAAUGAAUACAUUAAGCUACUUGUUACUUCAGUUGGGAGCUGAAUUUAGCGUAUUCAUUCCUGUCAUAAAAAAGGUUUUAUUGGAACAAAAAAUUCACUCAUCGACCUUCGAGCAAUUAGUGAACAAACUUCUCAGUGGCGAUCCUCUUCCUGCCUACUUGAACAUUUAUAAAGAUUACGAUGUUAACCUGAACUUUGGUGUUCUAGAUGUUGAUAUGCCCUCUAAAAAGCUUCCUGUUAAUCAAGCAGCUUUGAAAGCAGCUUGGGAUACAAGUCAGCGCCACACAAAAGAAGAUUGGCAAGAGUGGAUAGCCAGGCUCAGUAAGGAAUUAUUGAAACAAAGUCCAUCACAUGCUAUCAGAGCAUGUGCGGGUCUUUCUUCUGAUUAUCAUCCUCUAGCAAAAGACUUAUUCAACGCCAGCUUUGCCAGCUGUUGGAACGAAUUGUAUUCACAACAUCAGGAAGAAUUAGUUGAAGCGUUUUGCAUCGCUCUCUCAUCUGCAAAUAAUCCACCUGAAAUUCACCAAAUUCUUUUAAAUCUUGCAGAAUUUAUGGAACAUGAUGAUAAGUCCCUUCCAAUUGCGAUUGGUACAUUGGGUCAAUAUGCUCAAAGGUGCCAUGCGUAUGCAAAGGCUCUCCACUAUAAGGAAUUAGAGUUUUACGAAGAGCCAACUACUCCAACAAUUGAAUCGUUAAUAAGCAUAAACAAUCAACUACAGCAAUCCGAUGCUGCAGUUGGUAUCUUGAAGCAUGCUCAAAUGCAUCACGACCUUCAAUUGAAAGAAACUUGGUAUGAAAAGUUACAGAGAUGGGAUGAUGCUUUACGUGCAUAUAAUGAAAGAGAAAAACAUGAGCCUGAUAACAUGGAGAUUACUAUGGGUAAAAUGAGAUGCUUACAUGCUUUGGGAGAAUGGGAACAAUUGUCAGAGUUGGCCCAAAGUAGAUGGCAAAAUUCAUCUAGUGAGAUUAGAAGAAGUGUUGCUCCCUUAGCAGCAGCUGCUGCUUGGGGUUUGGGCCAAUGGGAUAGAAUGGAUGCUUGUAUUGAAGUCAUGAAGGAGGAAUCCCCUGAUAAAGCAUUUUUCAAUGCUAUCUUGAGCUUGCAUAGAAACAACUUCGAAGACGCUUCGAAUCAUAUCUUGAGAGCUAGGGAUUUGCUAGUGACAGAAAUCACCGCGCUCGUUAGUGAGAGUUAUAACAGGGCCUAUGGAGUAGUUGUAAGGGUCCAGAUGCUUGCGGAACUUGAAGAGAUCAUCAAAUAUAAGUGUUUACCUCAGGGAUCAGAAAAACGCGUCAUUAUGAGGAAGACAUGGAAUACAAGAUUGCUUGGGUGUCAAAGAAAUGUUGAUAUUUGGCAACGAAUGUUGAAGGUUAGAGCUCUUGUUAUUAAGCCUAAGCAAGAUAUGGAAAUGUGGAUAAAGUUUGCAAAUCUCUGCCGGAAAUCUGGCAGAUUGAAUUUGGCAGAAAAGUCAUUGAAUUUCUUACUCGAAGAGGGUUCGCCUGAAAAUCCAUCAAGAGCCCCACCCCAGGUUGUAUACGCUCAAUUAAAGUAUAUGUGGGCUAAAGGGCAACAAAAAGAGGCAUUGCGCCACUUAGUAGACUUCACUACCAGAAUGUCACAAGAUUUGGGUUUAAAUCCGAAUGAUUUGAUUACCCAGCCAUUACCUUCUGAGGGCCCUGGUAUACCUAAGCAUGUUGAAGAUUAUACUAAGCUCUUGGCACGUUGCUUUUUAAAGCAAGGUGAAUGGCAAAUAGCUUUAAACCAAAACUGGCGUAAUGAAACAUCUGAAAUUAUUCUAGGUGCUUAUCUUUUAGCUACUCAUUUUGAUGAUAAGUGGUAUAAAGCUUGGCAUAAUUGGGCUUUGGCUAAUUUUGAAGUAAUAUCACUCUACACCCAAAGAAGACAAAGUGACAUCAUGGAGCAAAACGAACAAGUUAACAUUGCUCCGAGCGAGGACAAGAAGAGUCAGUCUAAUAUGAUUCCAGUAGGUGCCGUCCAGAGACAUGUUAUUCCUUCAAUAAAGGGCUUCUUUCACUCCAUUGCGUUGUCGAACUCAAAUUCCCUACAGGACACUCUUAGGUUAUUGACAUUGUGGUUUAAGUUUGGUGGAAUUCCUGAAGCAUCUCAUGCAAUGACCGAGGGCUUCAAUAUGGUAAAAAUCGACAACUGGCUAGAAGUCAUCCCACAGUUAAUAUCCCGAAUUCACCAGCCGAACCCCAUAGUCAGUAGGUCCUUGUUUGGUCUUUUGUCUGAUUUGGGGAAAGCUCACCCUCAAGCAUUGGUGUAUCCUUUAGCAGUUGCAGUAACUUCUGAGUCCGUUAGCCGCCAAAAAGCUGCUCUUUCUAUCAUUGAUAAAAUGCGGUUGCACUCGCCUGUGCUUGUAGAUCAGGCUGGCCUAGUAAGCCGUGAAUUAAUUAGGGUUGCUGUUUUGUGGCAUGAACAAUGGUAUGAAGGCUUGGAAGACGCUUCUCGACUUUUCUUUGGUGAACGUAACACUGAUAAGAUGUUUGAAGUGCUAGAGCCGUUACAUCAAAUGCUCCAAAAUGGACCUGAAACGAUGAGAGAGUCUUCUUUUACGAACGCUUUUGGUCGUGAAUUAGCAGAUGCCUACGAAUGGGUAUUGAAUUUUCGCCGUACGAAAGAUAUAACAAAUUUGAAUCAGGCUUGGGACAUUUAUUACAAUGUAUUCAGACGUAUAAGUCGUCAACUUACUCAAUUGCACAGCUUGGAGUUGCAAUAUGUUUCUCCAAAGUUAGAGGAAGCUACUAAUCUAGAAUUAGCCCUCCCGGGAACAUAUGAAGCAGGAAAACCGGUCGUCAAAAUUGCUAAAUUUGAUCCUACGAUCUCCGUUAUAUCAUCUAAACAACGACCAAGGAAGUUAUCUUGUAAGGGUAGCGAUGGCAAGGAUUACCUUUAUCUUCUAAAAGGUCAUGAAGAUAUUAGACAGGAUAACUUGGUUAUGCAACUUUUCGGGUUAGUUAAUACUUUGUUGUUCAAUGACCCUGAAUGUUUUAAAAGACAUUUGGACAUUCAGAGAUAUUCUGCUAUACCAUUGUCACCCAAGGUUGGGUUGCUUGGUUGGGUUCCUAAUAGUGAUACAUUUCACGUUUUGAUUAGGGAAUAUAGAGAAUCUAGGAAGAUAUUGUUGAAUAUCGAGCAUCGUAUAAUGUUGCAAAUGGCACCUGAUUAUGACAGCUUGACAUUAUUGCAGAAAGUAGAAGUUUUUACCGGAGCUUUGGAUAAUACCAGAGGACAAGAUCUAUAUAAGGUCUUGUGGCUCAAGUCCAAGUCGUCCGAAGCAUGGCUUGACCGUCGUACAACAUACACAAGGUCUCUUGCUGUUAUGUCCAUGGUUGGAUAUAUCCUAGGCUUAGGAGAUCGUCAUCCUUCUAACUUAAUGCUCGAUAGAAUUACAGGAAAGGUAAUACACAUUGAUUUCGGUGAUUGUUUUGAGGCAGCCAUACUAAGAGAAAAAUAUCCCGAGAAGGUACCUUUUCGAUUAACGAGAAUGCUUAAUUACGCUAUGGAAGUAAGUGGAAUUGAAGGAUCCUUCCGUAUAACUUGUGAGCACGUGAUGACUGUCUUGAGAGACAACAAAGAGUCUUUGAUGGCCAUAUUGGAGGCAUUUGCCUAUGAUCCUUUAAUCAAUUGGGGUUUUGAUUUCCCAACGAAAGCUGUUGCUGAGGCUACGGGUAUAAAAGUUCCUCAAAUUAAUACAACUGAAUUAUUGAGAAAGGGUCAAGUAGACGAAAGAGAGGCAGCCAGAUUAGCGAAACAGAAUGAUGUUGAAAUUAGGAAUGCCAGAGCUGCUUUGGUACUAAAAAGGAUUACGGAUAAGUUGACAGGAAAUGAUAUUAAGAAGUUGAGAGGAUUGGAUGUCCCUACACAAGUUGAUAAGUUAAUUCAGCAAGCUACGAGUGUGGAAAAUCUAUGCCAGCAUUAUAUUGGAUGGUGUUCGUUCUGGUAA